AUGAGAGUGAAUGUUAACUUGAAUUCACAAUCAGCCAACCUUGACCUUUUUGUUGUUCCACAUGAUGGACCGGCUUUUCUUGGAAGAGACUGGCUUGGAAAGCUACGACUCAACUGGCAAGAAAUCAAAACCUUGCGCUCAACUACAUGUGAAUCAACGUCACUGAAUGACCUUCUUGAGACGCACAAGGAAUUGUUUUCAUCCGGAAUUGGAACACUCAAACACAUUAAAGGAUCAGUCAAAGUGAAUUCUGAUGCCAAACCCGUGUUUCUCAAAGCAAGGACUGUUCCUUACUCUUUAAGAACCAAGGUUGAGCAAGAACUGGACAAGUUACAAACAGAUGGAAUCAUCGAACCGGUUGCUCAUAGCAACUGGGCUACUCCAAUUGUCCCAGCCAUUAAUAAGAAUGGCCUUUUCAAGUACAAACGGCUUCCUUAUGGUAUUGCAUCAGCUCCAGCUUUAUGGCAACAAUCAAUAGAGCAAGUGUUACAGAACAUUCCUUCAACACAAGUGAUAAUUGAUGACAUCAUCGUGACUGGCCGCAAUGAUGAGGAGCACCUGCACAACUUGAAACUUGUGAUGGAUCGUCUUCCAUCAUAUGGACUACGUGUGAAUCUCCAGAAAUGUGAAUUUUUUCAGGAUAAAGUGAGCUAUGUUGGACAUGAAAUUGAUGUUACAGGACUGCAUAAGUCACCUGAGAAAAUCAAAGCUGUUAAAGAAGCUAAACGCCCAGAGAACAUUUCACAGCUUAGAUCAUUUUUAGGUCUAGUGAACUAUUACCACCGAUUCAUUGACAAUCUAUCUAGCGUAGCAGGACCUUUACAUGAACUUCUGAACAAAGGAACCAAGCGGAUUUGGAAUUCCAAGAGAGAGAAAUCCUUCCAGGAUAUCAAGGAACUGAUUUGUUCUGACAAAGUUCUUUGUCAUUAUGACCCGAAACUUCCUCUGAAGUUAGCCGCUGAUGCUUCUCCCUAUGGGAUAGGAUCGGUACUAUCUCAUGUCUUCCCACAUGGAACGGAAAGACCAAUUGCAUUCUCAUCGAGAACACUGAACCAAGCAGAGAAAGCUUACUCUCAAAUCGACAAAGAGGCACUGGCUCUCUAUUGGGGUGUGAAGAAAUUUAAUUCUUACUUGUACGGCCAUAAAUUCACACUUGUAACGGACCACAAGCCGCUUCUUAGUAUCUUCAGUCCGAAGAAAUCCCUUCCAGUGAUGACAGCCGCACGACUUCAACGUGAUGCUGUAUUCUUAUCAGGAUAUCAAUACGAUAUAGAGUUUCAAGGAACCAAGGCACAUGGCAAUGCCGAUGCACUGUCACGAGUACCACUACUUAGUAUUCGUGAACCACUGGAUGAUGAAGACCCGAUAGACUUGUUCUACAGCAGGAAGUUUGAUGACUUACCUGUGACUUGUGUACAAAUUCGUAGAGAAACUCAACGUGACCCAGUUCUGAGUCAAAUCUUGGACUGUGUAACACGAGGGCACUUUCCUCAGGAUUGGGAUGACAAGCUUAAACCAUACUACAAUCGCAAAGAUGAACUCAAUGUUUACCAAGGAUGUGUCACAUGGGGAAAUCGUGUGAUCAUUCCAGAUAUUCUACGUGAAAAAGUGAUGACCGAGCUUCAUUCCGGACACAUAGGCAUUGUCAAAAUGAAGGCAGUAGUUAGGUCCUAUGUAUGGUGGCCCAAGUUUGAUGAAGCUAUCGAGGAAAUCUGCAAGGCUUGCUAUGGAUGUAAGCGAGUCUAG